AUGGUUCUUCGUGGUCUUUUUCGGAUUGCUGUCUUGCAACGUCUGUCUCUGGUUUUUGUUACAGGUCUCCUGCUACACUACAUCGUGAAUGAAAUAUUGAAAAGCCUGAAUGAUAUCAGGACUAAGCGACUGCAAGAAACUCUGGUAAAUGUAUGCCAGACUUUUCCUGAACUUGACUGCCUGAAAGUUAUCAAGGCUGACAGAGAAGCUCUACUAAAAGCACAGUUGUACAAUUUACAGUCCAAGAAGGAAAGGAUAUCUUUAACUGAAGAAUAUUAUCUGAAUAUAACUCAAGACUGUGCAAAGUUUAGAACCACCAGAAAAUAUAUUUAUUUUGCGCUGAGUAAGGAAGAAGAAGAAUUUCCCAUUGCCUAUUCUAUGGUGAUUCAUGAGAAUAUUGAGAUGUUUGAGAGACUUUUAAGAGCAAUAUAUGCCCCUCAGAAUAUUUACUGCAUUCAUGUGGACAAAAAGUCUCCAGAGAUCUUUAAGGAGUCAGUAAGAACCGUUGCCUCAUGCUUCGAUAAUGUCUUUGUAGCCUCUAAGUUGGAGAAGGUAGUCUAUUCUUCAUGGUCUAGAGUACAAGCUGAUCUCAACUGUAUGGAGGAUCUGCUGAAAAGCAUUGUUAAGUGGAAGUAUCUACUAAAUACCUGUGGAACAGAUUUUCCUCUUAAGACAAAUUCUGAGAUUGUGACAGCCCUUAAGUUAUUAAAUGGAAAAAAUAAUAUGGAAUCCAUGAAAACCCCACAGGUCAAAAUGGUAAGAUGGCUUUUUCACCAUGAAGUAUUGACCUAUGUCAGAAGAACCAAUUUUCAGAAGAGUCCACCUCCCAUCAAUGUGCCAAUGUUUUCUGGUGGUGCUUACAUUGUCCUUUCUAGAGAUUUUGUAAAACACAUAUUUGAAAGCCCAAAUAUACAAGAAUUCAUUAAGUGGGAAAAGGACACAUACAGCCCGGAUGAACAUUUUUGGGCAACAGUUAACCGUAUGCCUGAAGUCCCUGGUGCCAUUCCUUAUCAUGAAAAAUAUGAUGUUUCAGACCUGAAUUCUAUUUCAAGGGUGGUGAAAUGGUCAUAUGAGGAAGGGGAUGUGUACAAAGGUGCGUUAUACCCCCCAUGCACAGGAAUCCAUCGGCGUAUGAUUUGUAUCUAUGGAUCUGGAGAUUUGAAUUGGUUGUUAAAACAACAUCAUCUCUUUGCCAACAAAUUUGACCCAGCAGUGGAUGAUAUAGCAAUACAAUGUCUGGAAAAGUAUCUUAGGUAUAAGGCUUUAGUUAGGAAAGAUAUAUAA